AUGGAAUGGAAGAAAGUGAAGGGAAAAGGGAGAGGGUGGCUUGAUAAGAUUAAGUGUUCCAGCGCCUAUAAAAGGAGGCACUUUCUACCCACCAAGGGGAACUUAUCGAAGGCAAGCAUCCCUUCUGGAACCCUUCAAUUUCAUGCUUUGUUCUUCCAUCUUCUUCCUCUCUCUCCCAAAACCCACAUCCAGAUAGAGCAAGUAUCAUCUCUCAUCCCUGGAACACUUCAAUUUCGAGCCCUAUUCCUCCAUCUCUUCCCAUUUUCUCUUCUGUCAAGCAACCCAAGAGCCUGA